AUGAGGUGUGUUUGUCUUUUCGUCUUGUUUUUCGCAGCACAAAAUGUGUUUGCAGAAGAUGAUGAGUGGGUUACUAUGAAGAAAAAAGAUCUAUGCCCAGCUUUACAGGAGGAAACAUUCUGUACAGAUAACCUGAUCAAUUUUGACGACGUCGCUGAAAGUAUUAAAAAGUUGGGUAAAGAAGACACGAUAUCUGAUGACCAAGUCGACACCGGUGAAGAUGCAUCGAAAUGUGGUGAUCCUCUCAAGAAAGCAUUAUGCUCAAAAGAUGCAAGUCCGUUGUGUUUAGAAGAUCGAACAUCUGGUGAUGACAGUGCCGAAAGACGUGUGUGUACCGAGCUUUACGAAACAUGCCCGUCUAUUUCAGGUCAACAAAGUUUGAAUUACACUGAGGAAUGUGCGAGAUAUUUGAAAAGAGAGUUUUCCGAUCUGACAUGCGAGACUGUUAAAGAUUUCAAGGAAGGUGGUUGUCCUCAACCUACAAAAAAAGUAAGUUUACCAAUGUCAAAGCAAGGCUAUAGACUUCGCGUGGUUUUGCGUUCAGAUAAAGUAUUUGCAGUGAUAUGAGCACGUUUUUCUCGACGAAAUGCCGGUCCGGCAGGUCUGUCUGGCAACGUUUUGCUUCAGAGCAUGCCUUGUCGUCGGUUCAAACAAUUGCUAUUUUUAAACAAGGCAAAUUAAUUGCUUAUUACCGGUAUGUAUAACCUCAGCAUGACAUCUGCUAACAAGUAGAAACAUUUUUACUAGUUUCUCCUCAGCUUGUUCAUCAUUACACGGUAAAGUGAAUGUCUCCGAACUGCUGAGCACGUCUUACUCGUUUUCCUGCCGCCUAAGUUUUUUCUUCGGCUUUUCUGCACUGACAUGCAUGAGGAGCCUUUAAUUUCAACACAAGGUUUCCGAAAAGGUCUAAUUGCUUUCUCGGUUUCAUGCCAGAUAUUUAAUAUUCGAUUCAAAACAUGCUUAAUACUGUCGACAUGAGUUAUAUUAGAGCAAUAGGUGGUCUCAACCUCGUGCAUGAUCUUUCACUGCAUUCCAACUCAAUAUUUUACGUUCUUCUAUACGAUGCAUAUAAAUUUGACUGUUUUUUACUGUCUUCGUUUCCGAAAGAAAUGUAAGUGCUUUUGUCUGAGUAAAUCCGCUAAGCAAACAAAUAUCUAAGCUGUAUUGGCUUUGAAACUGUUUGAUUUUGUCUUUAUUUAUUCUUUAGUCUUUGCCGCCUUAACUGACUCAGUCAAGUACUAGCACUUCAAUUAACUAGCCUCACCCGAGCCGAGUCAGUACCCCCAAACUUGACAGUUCUUAUGAGUCCUUCAAAACUUAGAAUUUACCAAUACACAGAAUUCCUACUGUGAUCACAGAAACUUUGACAUGCAGCCCGUGUAAACCAGCCUUAAAGAGCACCAACAAAAGGAAAAACUCUAUAACAUUGUGAUCAUGUUAUACAUAGUUUAAUUAGAAUGACCCACGCAAUAUCACAGCAAGAUAUUGAUUAUUGACUGAUCUAUUGUUAAUAUUCACUGUGGUGAGGAGCAGUCGCUGUCAGGCUCUUGUGGCACCUUGAAUGUUUGAGUGCAUGGCGUGUAUAUUGCCAGUUCUAAAAUCUUCUCCCUAAAGGUCCAGUAAGGAUCGUCCUUAUAUUGGGCCAGUGUUACCAGCUACAGGAGGAAACCUUAACUAAACCACAUGCGCUGAUGUGCAUAAUCUCAGGAACAUCUUUUCCGUUUGAAAAUUCCGGAUCGUUUCAGUAAAUUUCUCAUACAAAACAUACCUGGCAUUUCACAAUUGACGUUCUUCCAACCAAAGAGAAGGAAAGACAACAGUAAAAUUUCAUUCCUUAGCUUGGCACCAUAUUGAAUUUGACAGCCACGUAGCCGACGCAGAAGUGUCUAACUGUCUGCGGAAAAAAAUUGUGGUGGUGCCACUGAAUUUAACUUGAUGCCUGCAUAUUUUUUCCUAGAUGCCAGAAGUCUACAUUCAAGCCUACAAGAUACAGUCCGACACCUUUAAACCGCUGAGAGAUCUUCUUGAUGACGCUAACACUUUGCUCGAUGUUGUCUGGGACUCAGACUGUUUGAAAACCGUCCGUGAGCUACCGUGUAUGCCCAUCUACUGCUCCGAAACUGAUGAAAAUAUUGUUGAGAUAAAAAAUAAGAGGAAAGAUUGCAAUAGAGCUAUGGAAUGGUAUGUCAAACGCUGAGCUCAUAAAAUGUCUGGAUAGACCUGCCUUUUACUCAUACUUUGAUUUUAGGCCAUAUUACGCAAUCUUUUCACAAAAAUAACACUUUGCAGUGAUAUAUGUCGUGAUUGGCUGAUUGUCUGAAACGCGUUGCAAAGAAAUACACCCUUCUGGAAAGUACGUCACUUUGGCUACAAAGCCUCGUUUUCGUGUCCACACGUAAAAAUCUCGCACGUUAAUGGACCUUUCCCUUUAUAACUAAAAUUUCGAUCUAGACAAAAAUUUCAUCACAGCUUGAAAGAACAUCACAAAAUUAGUAAUAUUCCAAAGUUUUGUUGUAAAAUCUUGUAAAAUGCGGAUAAUAUAGCCUUGCGAAGUUUGCCAUUUUUCAGUCAUUUUGUAUUACAAACGGGAAAUUGACAUCCGAUUCGGGUGUUGGGGCUGCAAUUUCCCGUUUGUAAUGCAAAAUAACUGAAAAUUGCGAACUUCGCAAGGCUCUAUUUUCCUCAUUUUACAACAUUUCGCAACGAAACUUUGGAAUAUUACUAAUUUUGUGAUGCUCUUUCAAGCUGUGAUGAAAUAUUUGUUUAGACUUGCCUAGAUCAAAAUUUUGGUUAUAAGGGGAAAGAUCUAUUAACUUGUCAACAAAAUGUUUCACAACAGGUUUGUAGCAAGCUUGUCAACAAGUUGUAACAAUGCUGUUAUUUUAUCAAGUUGCUACAAGGUUGUCACUCACAACUUGUUGAUAAAUUGUUGAAUUUCAGGGUGAUCGAACAAAUUGUAACAAAUCUGUUGUGCUCAACAAUUAACCUUGUAGCAGUUAAGUUAUCAACAACUAGCCGUUGACAACUUUUUAACAAGCAGUGCGAACACAUCCUGUGGACAAGUUGUUGGAACAGCAUUGCUAUGCAAUUCUGCUGCAGGUCUGUUACAACUUGUGCGUGUUUACGUGUGUACCUGACAUUGUACCUGGCUCUACAGCCAAGAUGACGUAUUUCCGGAACGGGAGGGGUCAAAUUUGAUUGGACGACGGUCCUGUUGCCCUUGUAUAACAUGGCCUUUAUUAAACUUCCCUUUCAAUUUUUCACAGUGUUUCAAAAUCGACGAAGAGGUUGGACUUUUUGAAAGGAGAGUUCGAGAGUUGGAGAGAUAAACUACGCGAUGCUAUCAAAGAUAGUUGUGAAUCAGUCAUUGAAGGUUUUGAGGAUCUGACCAACCCUUCCAAGAUAAAAGGCGGAGUCUCGACCGUACAAUUUUCUAUCUCUUUAACCUUACUGGCUGUACUGCUUUGCUUGAAAAUAUUUUGAUAGCCAUGUAUUCAUAACACUACAUGUUCUAGAGAAUAAUGCAUGCUCGUAAUGAUAUUUUUAAUUUCUUAAUUUCUAAUGCCAACUCACUAUAGGAACUGUCUCAUUUCCAGUCGCUGGAGAGAUGAAUGAAAAAAAAAAUGCUGAAAUUUAGGGAGAAGUCGUGUAAACUCGUUUGCCGUAUACCUUUCAUUUCCGCGCUUUGAACCGUACACAGUUUUCUAAAUUACUAAUAUUCUCUAAGGCCGAAACGACUGGGAGAAGUCAGACCUAGAACAUAUAAGCUAGCUGCACAGUUAUGUAACUUAGCUCGCACAAGUCAGUGAAAUUCCGGUAGUCUCAAAGACUCAUUCCUGCAUAUUAAUUUUCGAAGACUUUUCAAAGACCUUUGAAAGAAAUAAUGUACAUGAGCGCCAUUUUUUCCCGGUAGUUAGUCCUGCCACAUAAUCACAUCUUCUCGGAAAUCCAUUGCUAUAAUUUAUCUAUUUUAUUAAGAAAGAAUUGAAAGACUUUUGAAGAUUUUCUUUGCUUUUUUAUAUAAUUCAAAGACCUUUCAAAGACCUUAAAAACACACAGAUUUAUUGACCGCUACCGCGCUACGAACCUUUGUCUUAGAACUAUAAUAUAGUCUGUAGAAAUUAACUGGCUUUGACUGUAAAUGCGCACGAAAUUUCAGUUUGCAUAGAUUUAGUUAUAAGCACAUUUUGUACUUUCUAAUUAAUAAUAAAUGUAACCUCUAAUAUAUUUAUCGCGUUCUUUGUUCUCUGUUUGAUUGAGUGGAUUCCGCAUGAUUUAUCGAACCGAACACAACACAGCACAGCACAACCACAGAAUAGGAAGGUACCGGCAGCAGAAGCGUAUUAAACUCUAGUCGUUUCCCUUAUUGUUUUACGUCCACGAAAAUUUUAACUCGCUCACGCCAAUCCACGAUAUCCUGGCUAGUACAACCGGAAGUUUUUAUCGGGUCAAAAUUUGGUAGGUACAAAGUGCCGGCAUGUACUAGCCAGGAUGGCGUGAUUGGUGACGAAUCGCUUGUAAAAACGCGGACAAAUAUUUGCUUGAGUUACGCUUCUGCUGUACCUUCCUAUUCUGUGGCACAACACUCUGAACCUCUGACUCUGAACACUGCUUGCGCAGGCUUAAUAAACUUCAAAUCAGUGACGUCACAAUACCCUGGUGCUCCAUUUUGGUGAAAUUGGCCACUGAACAUCCAAUAACUAGAUGCAGCAACUUUCAUGAAAGUGGCCUCAGCUCGCAUUUCAAGUCCAAGAAAAUAUCACAAAAAAGAAAAAUGGAGCAACUUACUCAAAGGCCAGUCUUUUUAUAUCCAUUUACCAUAUUCUCAGAAGACACAAAAAUUGGAAAAAAGAUUAAACAAUUUUGGAGCAGUAAGUAGGUUUGAUGAUUUACUCAUGUUUGAAGAAAGACCACUAGCUUUUCCUAUCACUAAUUAAUAUCGCGUAUAGCCAUGUUAUGGUAAUCAAAAUGAUUGCACAGAGUGUUUCGAGGAGUUGCAACGUGUUUAUUUGCAGUUGUUGUUGUUGUUGGUGUUGGUGGUGCUGUUGGUGGUGCUGUUAUUGCUGUUGUUGUUACUGCUGUUGCUAUUGUUGUUGCUGCUGUUGCUGCUGCUGUUGUUACUGCUGUUUCUGUUUCCGUUGUUGUUGUUGUUGUUGUUGUCGUUGUCGUUUUCGUUGUCGUUGUCGUUGUCGUUGUUGUUAUUGUUGUUGUUGUGUCGUAA